UUUUCAUGUCCUUUCGCCUCCUGAUUUGCUCCCAGUACGGAGACAAAUAUAUAUAAUGCUUGUAUAUAAUGUAUGUGAAUGAUGUCUACAGGUGAAUCAGUUUGUGGGAAAGAAAAAGGGUCAGAGUUUUGGAAGGCUGUAAAGUGCAAGAAGGCUCAAGGUUUCCAAGAAGGAAGUCCAAAAGCAUUUCUCAUUCAUUUAGCGAUUCAGGAAGAUGAUUGUCCUGCUGUCCGAGGUGUGGAUCCGGGUGAGAUUAGAGCGACCCGUUCAGUGUGGGUCAGGAGAUUCAGUUCAUUAUGGAAUAACAGACAGAUGGAUGGAAAUUAAUCACACAGCAGCACCUGGAACUGAUGGAAUACAUCCAGGUCCUGAUCUAAUCCCAUCCAAACAAGGCUUUUGUCUGGUCAGGGAGGCGCUGAUACAAGCUCAGACAGAAGAGCUGCGGAAGAUGGAGGAAACGUACAGGAAAAGCCUGCAGAUCUCUGAGGAACAGGGGUCAAAGUGGAGGAGAGAUGCUGCUCGAGAGCUCGAAAUUGAGAGACAGAGAAAUGAACAGCUGAUUCAAAAGUGCCAGACUGAAUACCAGCAUCUACAGGACAAGCUGCCCACUCUGGUGCAGUCUGCCACACAGGAGCUAAAGGAGGAGUUGUCAGCACUGGAGGUACAGCUUCAGAAGCGUGAAGAGGAGGUGAAGUGUGUGCGAAAGGAGGCCUCAGAGCGAGAGGAGCGACUCCUGAGAGAACAUCACACAGAGUUGGAACAUCUCCAGCACAAAGUACAGGAGCACCAACAGGAGGCGCUGGAGAUACAGCAAGCAUACAGAGACAUCCUACAGCUCAGAGAGGAAAACUCUACUCUACAUGAGGAGAACUGUGUGCUGCAGGAGACGGUGAGACGCGAGUGUGAGGAGCGAGCCGAGCUGACGGCCGCCCUGUCCCUGGCGAGAGAGCAGCUGCUGGGUGUCAGACAGACAGCGGUGAACUCCUCCAUCCCCCGCAGCUCUGCGUCAUCCUCCCUGCCCAGCCUGAGCGCGGGACACAGCCAUGAUGCCGUCACUGUGGGCAGGAGCACAGCGUCGUUGCACGGAAACUCCCGCCAGCUGUUGCCCUCCCUGCCCCGACUCGCCACAGAAAGACCUGCCCCGGCCAUCGAGGCACGCCAUCGCAUCAGCACAGUGACAGGCAGGAAGGACAAACGCUCCUGCUGAGGCGGAGGCUCUCAGAGGUGUGUGUGUGUGUGUGUGUGUGUGUGUGUGUAUAGUGAAUACUUACUUUUCACUAUAGAUGCACAGUUUAUCAGAAUGGCGUCUGAUAGUGACGUCACUGUCUAUGAAACAGACGCUCAUUUUUAACAUGUAAUUAAAUCGUAGCUAAAUAAAAUGACUCGACGAUGAUGAAGAUGGAGUGAAGAAGAUUCCACCCAGUAACACGUCAAAUGUUUGGGUUGUGUUUAAUGAUUCUGGGUCUGAUUUGUUGCUUUAAGUUCGUGCUCGUGUUUCCCUCUAGCUAAAGGACUAAAGCUCUGCUGCAUCACUGUCUCUAGCUCUGUAGUGUCGGCACUCCGUCCAGGGUGUAUCCUGCCUCGAUGCCCGAUGACGCCUGAGAUAGGCACAGGCUCCCCGUGACCCGAGACGUUCGGAUAAGCGGUAGAAAAUGAGUGAGAGUGAGAAUUCAUUAUUGUUUCAUUAUACAGAUCAAUACGUAAACUUUCCAGUAUGGACUUUUACAUGUUAUAAAAAUAUUAAUAGAAUUAAAAGACUUUUACUUUUA